CAAAAACUAUAUUGGAAUGAGAUCAUUGCUCAUUGCCAGCCAGAAUUCGAAAUUCUCCCAUCCUCACACUAACAAUGCCUUCCUCAAAACUCGACUACUCCACCCCCGUUCGCCGCAUAAUCACUUCCCACGAUCCAAAAGGGGUUGCCAUCUUCGCCUCAGAUGAUCUCCUGCACCCAGAUGACCCAACCACCGCACCCGCCUUCUCAGCUCCAAACGAGAGCUCCGCUUUCGGCGUAAUACAAAUCCAUCGCAGCCGUGGCUUUCCCGCUGAUAACCAAUUACAGUUGAAGGAAGUGCACAAGACCCUUGUGCCGCUUGCUGAUACCAAAGGUGCCCAUUGUCGCAUCGUAGAUCUGCCUCCUGCAGAAGCAAGCUGGAUUCAUCGUACGCUCAGUCUUGAUUAUGUGGUUGUUUUGAAAGGGGAAGUGACGCUGAUCAUUGAUGGCGGUGUGGAGAAGACGUUGAAGGAGCAGGAUGUUGUUGUGAUGAGGGGCACGAAUCAUGAAUGGGUUAAUCGGGGAAAGGAGCUCGCGAGGGUGUUUGCUGUUCUGGUGCCGAGUAAGGAGAUUGUUACGGACGAGGGUGUGAGGUUGACGAAGACGGAGGCUGGAGAUAUAUUUGAUCCGAAGGAGGAGGAUGAUUAAGGGUUAUGAAAGAAUGGUCGAGUAACAAUAGGCAGCUCCCUAUCUUGAGUCCCGUGGUCUGUACAAUGCUUCAAACCGGUGGUAGCUUCUCUGGAAUGAUUCUUGAAAUCAUUGUUAAUUAGCUUAUUAUUAUGUUAACC